AUGCCUUCCACGAUUACCUCCACGUUGCUCUUGAUCGUCUUCGCUGCGAAGCGGAGCGGCGCCGUUUCCCUGCGUCCCAACGACAAGUUGUUGCGCACCUCCACGAGGGUGCUCAGCGUCGGGCCAGAGCAAUGCCGGCGGGAGCGCGAACAUGAUGCCGCCAUCAUUUACCUCGCCCCACCACCCCAGGGCGACGACUGGGGCGACUUGCAGAAAUCUUUGGAGACCUUGAUGCACUUGAGGGACGACGGCAGAGCCGAGGUCAGGGUAUUCUACGACCGUGAGGACACCUGGUCCGAGGAGCAGUUACAGACAGUCUUGCAGAGGGCUGCGCCGAGGGACGCCUGCGUCGUGCCAAUCCAGUUCCGCCAGCUGCCAGCCGACCUGGCGGGCACCGAGCCGGAGUGGCAGAAGCGGAGCACUUGGGGCUACCAGCACAUGUGCCGCUUCUUCUUCGCCGACAUUUUCCAGAUUCCGGAUUUGCAGAAGUACACCUACUGGAUGCGCAUGGACACCGACUCCUACUUGACGAUGGAUGCUGUCAUCGAUCCCUUCAAGGAGAUGGACGCAAACCACAAUCUGGUGUACUUGCACAACGCGGAGAACAAGGAUUGCGGGGAUGUCGCCGAGGGCCUGCGCGACCUCGUCACGCAGUAUUACGAGAAGGUGCACAGCAACAGCCAAGGUAGUGCAUCCUUCCCUCCGUCAAACCCAGACACAAUCACCUUGGACCACAUACUUCCUCGGGAGAUGCAUUGUGUGAUGGGCUACUACAACAACAUCGAGAUUGGCAGGUUGUCGGCCUUCCGUACUGCACCGAUGAUUGCCUGGCGUGAUGCGGUGCUGGGUUCCAAUGGCAUCUACUUGCACCGUUGGGGCGACGCCUUGCUCCGGCGGCUCUCGAUCGAGCUGUCAGGUGCCGAGACGGAGCCCUUGCCACAGGAACUCCUGCGCGCCUACCAUCAUAACCGCUAG